CCCGCACCCAAUCAAUUCUCCUUCUCUUCCUCCCUCCUACUCUCUGCUCCGAGAGAUCCAAACCACUCUCUUCUUCCCCUACCUCCCUCUCUGCUCUUCUUCGGAGACAAGAAGAUGUCGUCGUCGUCCAAGGUGUUCACCCUCGAGGAGGUCGCCAAGCACAGCUCCAAGGACGACUGCUGGCUCGUCAUCGGCGGCAAGGUGUACAAUGUGACCAAGUUCCUCGAUGACCACCCUGGAGGCGACGACGUCCUGCUCUCCUCAACUGCCAAGGAUGCGACCGACGACUUUGAGGACGUAGGGCACAGCACGACCGCACGGGCGAUGAUGGAUGAGUACUACGUUGGCGAGAUCGAUGCGACCACGAUACCCACUAAGGUGAAGUACGCGCCUCCCAAGCAGCCGCACUACAACCAGGACAAGACCCCUGAGUUCGUCAUCAAGAUCCUCCAGUUCCUGGUCCCCCUCGCCAUACUCGGCCUGGCUGUCGCCGUACGGAUCUACACCAAGUCGGAGUCUGCCUAGAAUUGUUUAUCAGUCUUUACUAUGGAUAUUCUACACCGAGUCGGAAUCUGCUUAGUACAGUCUGUCGAAAGAUGGUGAACUGAAUAAGUUUAGUGGGGAUUGCAUGCAUAUUUUGUACCAUCGUGGAAAUUUGGGAACUGGUUCAAAGACAUCCACUGGUAAUUCGUGACUUGAAACUGAUAGAUAUCUGGGUAUAUUUUCCCAUCUUGCUGAUGAUUGUUAUUCUUAUUUGA